AAAAUAAAUAUGUCAGAAAGUGAAAUUUCAUUUGAUUUUAAUGAGGAUGAACCUGUGGAAGAAGUUAAAUCUUCUUAAAUGUUAACAAAACAAGAGAGAUAAAUAAUGCCAUUUUCUAAAAGUGAUAAAAAAGAUAAAAAAGAAAAACUAAAAUAAUUGUAAUUUACGAUGCAAGGAUAAUUAUCAGGGAAAUAAUAAAUGACAAAAGAUCUGUUAUUCUUAUUGAAAUUUGAAUAGCAUAUGUUAAGUUCAAUAAAUAGUUUACAUUCAAGAAUAAUGAGAUCAUUGGAGAGUGAUAAUCCAGGAAAUUGA